AUUGCUGUGAAGGGUGGGAGUCUGACUUCCAUCGUGCGCCCGGAAAUCAUUCUCCCCCCAGCGAUCCUUGAAUCAUCUAGUACUCAAUCUCAAACUUUUGAUCCUAUUGAUUUACUUGAACAUGUUCGCCCUUGGAUAGCAUUUAUGGGGGAUGAUGCUAGCUUCAAAAGAUUCAAAGAAGAGCUACGGAGCGCCGCAGAUAACCAAGAAGUAUGGCUUCAGAUGAGCCAAAAGCGUCAUUUGAAAUCUCUCGAUUCCACAAUGCUUGAAUGGGAGCAAUCCAUAAUUUAUGGACAUCCGACACAUCCACCUGUGACGCCAGCAGAUAUACAUCAAAUGCAGAGGCCUAAGAUAGCUAUCAUCUCAGUGCCUCCAGCAGAUGUCCGCGUCACUAGAGAUUUCCAAGGACUGAUGCAGCCACUAUUCGAACGACUUGGGAUACAACAUGACCAAAGUGGGAGGGUCCUCAUUCCCUGCUUGGAGCAGCAAUUACCAAUCAUAGAAAGCCACUUUCCCAACAUGGCCCUCUUGCAGAUAGUUGAAGAUUGUGCAAAUGCCCAGGCGUCAACAAGAACAUUGACCUUGGACCCUGAGCUUGAAUUUCCAUACAAUCUGAAAAUGGCUCUCGCUUGUCAAAUAACAUCUGCCAUUCGGACUGUAACACCCUGGACUGCCUGUGGGGGGCCAUUCAUCUCAGACAUUCUAGCGACACUGCUCCCUAGCAACUUCUGGGUGUUCAAAGAGGUAGCAUCAGUGACUGGAAGUCAGAAGGAUUUUGACAUUGCACGUCACAUCUCUUGUGUGAUUCGAGAAGACCUGGAGCCUCGGGCAAAGGCCAACGGAGAAACACUUGCAGUUGCUGCUGCAUUGCAAGAACGAGUUUUUGGGAAAGACUCUACAUAUCCCGAACUGCUGAUGGGUCUCAAGACCGUAGAUCAAAAGUUAGAAUGGUUUGGCCACUAUAUCAGGACUUUGUUUAACGUCUCCCUCCCACCAGCUAUCCUACAUGGCAUCGGCUUGGAACUGCACCCCCAGAACACAGCGGUGCGGAUUAACCUGCAGACCGGGAAAGUAAGUGGGUUCGCUAUUCGCGACUUUGGCGGCAUCAGACUACAUGGUCCUACUCUUCGAAGCGAAGGGGUAUCUCUCGAAUGGGAAGUCCCUGACAGUGGAGCUGUGACGGAUGACAUUACCUACGUAUGGGACCUGGUCAGCCACACUCUCAUUCAAUGCCAUGUAGCGGGUCUUCUUUAUGCACUAGGACUGGAUCUGUAUAACGGAUGGGAACUUGUUCGCGUAUCGCUCUUUGAGGUGUUGAAUGGAAUCGAUCAUCCUAACAGCAAGGUCUUGUAUGACUAUCUGACCAGGGAAACCAUGAAGCUCAAGUGCUUUUUGGGCAUGAGAUUCCAGGGUGUUUAUCGCUCGAAUAUCGAGACUGAGGUUCCGAAUAUUACACUCUCUUGA